ACAGUGUGUGAUAUCAGAAGUAGGAAAAGGAUAUUUCCAGCCUUCUUUACUGUCUUUUUCUGCUCUUCUUCACAGUAAUCCUGUCCUGAAUCACACCUGUUCCAGCUUCCUCUGCAGUUUAUGUCUGAACCUUUACGCAGCCACAGGGAAGAGGAGAACUUCUUCUCAAGAGGAGCAAGAGAUGUCUGAGCUCCUGCAGAAGGGUCUGCCUCAGUUAAACUUCACCAUUGCUGAAAGCCUUCUCCUCCUGUCUGAAGCCCCUGAGCCUUUCUUUUUGGAUCAGUCUCUUUGCAGCCAUCAGUACUGUUUCAUACUGCUCUUAUACUUUGCCUACACCUUUGGGGACAGGUUUGUUCCAGAGGCAGAAUUAUUUCUAGCUGUAAGAAAUUUUCUCCUCUCAGCACAGGACCAUGGAGACUGUCCCCCUCCACACAUACUCAGAGCUGCACUUUACCUCCUUGCUGUCUGUCAGGACAAAGGCAAAGCCCUGGAUGUGAGGUCUUUGUCUACCGUAAGAAGGAUCCUAGAUAAUCUUCCAGAUCUGAGCCUGGUCUAUGUCCAUUGUCCUCUCCUGCUGAAAUUCUUCCUGAGCUACUCUGAACUAAUGGGGAAAUUUGGACACCAAAUCCUCCAACUCUGGUUUUCCUGGGAAGACUGCAAGCAGUCUGAGGCCGAAGAAGGUGAUUUUGGCACGUCUGAUCAGCUGAACAGCACUAACCCAUUGCUUCCCAUACUGAAGAGCAAUUCCAGCAUUUUGCUUAUUUUACUGGACCUGGUCUACUCAAGCUCUGUGGAAGUGGCUUGGAAGGUGUUGAUUACUCUAAGGACCUUCCUGGAAAGAAAUGAGGAUGUCCUUGUCUGUGACCUCCUUCGGAGCCGUUUUUUACAGAUUCUGCAGCAGCUGCUGGUAGAGAGUAGCUCAGCCACCCUACAAGCUAACAGGAACCUGCCUGUUUUGCUGAGCCUUCUUUUCCGGGUGCAGCUGCGGAGCAAGGGCAUAAGGGAGCUGGACAGCACAGACUUCAAGCUGCUUCACCAGGUCAGUAAUCUCUGUGGGAAAUGCAGGCCAAGGGACACUGACCUCCUGCAGCCAUCCUUGAAUUUUCUGUACUGGAGCCUUCAUCAGACAACACCUUGUAGUCAGCAGAGAGCAGUGGCUGUGCUGCUCUCCAACGUGCCCUUGUUAGAACUCCUGCAGAAGGUUUUGGAAUGCACCUGGCUGUGGUCCCCUACUUCCAGACCUGCCUACCUGUCAUCUGAGGAUGCCUUGCUGUGCUCUGGAUGGCUGUUGGUGGCUUCUCUUUUGCUUUAUCAGCAUCGAUACAAUACUGAGGUUCACCAGACACUCUCUGUAGACCUUACAGAAGUCCUGAAUGCAGUCAUCUUCAGGAAUAAGAAGCCAAUCCUGCUGUUAGUGAGCAUCAUGCAGUUCCUGAGAGCUGUUCUGCGACAGAACUUCUCCUCCUCCCUGCUGGUGAUUGUUGGCCAAAACACAGCCCCAAGUUCUACUCAACCACAGCCAUCAUCACUGCAGGAUGCUGCCUUGCACCCCCUUGCCAUGCAGCAGGUCUUCUCGCUUGUUGUCAGUCUGCAGAACCUUCUGGUGCAUGUCCAGUUGCAGAAAGACUUGCUGCUCUCUCAGGCAGUGGUUGCCUGCCUAGAAACCUUAGUGGAAUACCUGUAUGUGAAGAACCAGGAUGUUGCUCUACACGUUGCUUCACAGCCGUGGCACCGAUUCCUGCUCUUCACAAUACUCAGUGGGGGCCAGAAGUCCUUUCUGCAGCCAGAAGUUCUCAGGUUGAUGACUUUGUUUGUGAGAUAUCAGAGCAACAACAUUAUUUCUCAAAAAGAAAUUAGCCAGAUUAUUCAGGAGGCAGCAGAAGCCAACAUAGCAGAGCUGCCCGAGGCCACAUCUUGUGCUCUCCACCUCUUCCUUUCUCAGAUUCAGAGCAGUCAUUACCAGGUGGAGCCAGAGCAGUCAGGGAUCAUUCAGACCUUGCUGGAUCGCCUCUUAGGACAGAAGACCACUUGUGUAAAGCAUCAGGACAUGGUAUGUCUGGGAAGCGUGGCAGUGUCCCUCUCGCACAUUGGCGAUUGAAAUGAGAAGAUACAGUGCGCAGAGCAGAGGAACAAAGCAAGAAUGCAGCAGGAGAUCCCAUCCUGCCAUUCAUUCCCAGUAGGGAGAAGAUGGACAAAGGAAGACACUUGUUGCUCAUUUUGAGAAAAAGGUUCCGAGUGACCCCUUCGA